AUGAACCUGACGCCCCAGAGGUCAGAGCUGGUCCAGCAGCACAAGACCUCAGAAAUGCUGAGAAUCAGCUCUGUGUUUUCUCUCCCCGGCCUGCCUCUGGCGCCGCAGGUGGCGCGGGCGAUGCCGGUCCCGCCCAGGACCCCGCAGACCGUGACGCCGCCGGCCCCUGCAUUGGCUUCCCGCGGCGGCACCCCCCCCCACACGGUGCGUUUGUCCUGCUCAGGGUGCUCCAAGGUGCUGCAGAAGGGCCAGAUGGCCUUCCAGCACAAAAGCUCCUCCCAGCUCUUCUGCUCCACCGUCUGCCUCACAGGCUGCAACCUGCCUGCCACCAAGAGCCUGCCCAAAAAGACCUGCCACGCAUGUUUGAAAGAGAUUGUGAACCCGAAAAAUUUGAUCAUCGCUCCUGUGGACACAGCUGGUAACAUGAAGAACUUCUGCACCAAGGGCUGUCUCUCCGAUUUUAAGAAGAACGCAAUGGUAUCCAUGCUGCCCAGUGAAGGCAUCACCAUUAAAUGCAGUGUGUGCCGCAAGAAUGCCAUUAUUCGUCAUGACCACCAGGGUGCAGUGCACAAACUGUGCAGCGACACCUGCUUCUGCUGUGAGACCUGCGGCAAUUACUACUACAGCGCCAGCGGGCAGUGCCACCUGCUGCAGAUAGAGGGCACCACCAGGAAGUUCUGCAGCCCAGUCUGCCUCACUACCUAUAAGCAGAAGUUAACGAAGGCAAGUCCGUGCACGCAGUGCGGAACCCCCUGCUCGUCGGCUGAGAUGGUGGAGAGCACCGGGGCUGAUGGGAAGAUUCAUCUCUACUGCUCCAUCGUUUGUGCGGCCAGUGCCACACCUUGCUCGGGUGCUUCCUUCCCCUGUACAAACUGCAAGGUUGUAGCUGUCCCACAAUUCCACCUGGCCCUGAAUGACGGCACGAUCCGCAACUUCUGCUCGUACAACUGCGUCCUCACCUUCCAGGCGUCCUUCACUAAGACAGUUCCUCAGGGUCAGAUGAAUGACACUUCCUCUAUUCCUGAGGGCCCCUCUGUUCCCCCUCCUGGGCCUUUCCUGCCCUCCCAGGCACCAGGAACUGUGCCUCGGGCUUCUGCCUUACCUUCCCUUUCCGCCCCACCCCAUGGCCAAGCCCUUCCCCACGGGCAUGCUCUGCCCCACACACCUGCCCAGACGCACGGACCUGGCUCUGGACAGACCCCGCCCUCCCCCUCAACCCAAGAACACGGUCACGCCCUGGUCGCUCCCCCUCUCAUAUCCCGUGGUCCUGAGCCUGUCCCUGCUCAAGCCCCACCCUCCUUGACCCAGGGACCACCCAUGGUCCCACCUGGCCCUUUGACCUGCGGCCUGGUGAAGCUGACCUGCAAACAAUGUUUUCACCCCUUCUCCUCCAAACCGGAGCUCAUCCAGUUCAAGGGUCAGAUGGUUCAGUUCUGUGGGAAGACAUGCUCUGAGGAGUUCAGGAAGCUGAACUUUGUGACAGCUCGGUGCGAGUAUUGCAAACUGGAGAAGAUGGUCAGGGAUGUGAUCAGAUUCAACCACACUGACCAGCCCUUCUGCAGCGACGGGUGUAAGCUGCUCUUUAAGCACGACCUGUCCAAGCGCAGUGGAACCCCGUGUCGGUCCUGUGCCUACUGCACAAACUUGUCCCAGAAGAUGAUCCAGACCCACUUCGGAGAAAGGCUGGAGGAGUUCUGCAGGGAGGAGUGCAUGUCCCUCUACACGGCGCUAUACUACCAGUUGGCGAAGUGUGAUUGGUGCCAGUGUCAGGGGAAGCUGCUGGAGUCCCAGAUGUGGCUGGGAGAAGUGAAGCACUUCUGUAACCUGCAGUGUCUGCUGCAUUUCACCAGCCAACAAAGCUCCUACGACCAGCCAUCCGCAGGCCAGGACAGUGCCUACGACCAGCCCACGGUGGGCCAGAAAAGCUCCUAUGACCAGCCGUCGGCAGGCCAACAUGCCUCCUACGACCCAUUGCCCAGCUCCGGUGCCUUGCCACCCCAGAUUCCUACAGGGACUGUACCUGCCUGUAUUGCACCCCCACCCAUACCUGCAGGAGCGCUGGGAAAUGUCGGCCUCACUGUUCCACCUCACCAUCCCACCUGUGUGUCCAAAGAGGCCAUGCCUGUCAUUACUAAUGUGGUGUCGCUCGCUAGCGCCCCCACUGGGCAGCCCUAUAUCACUGCCAACAUGGCCCUGCAAGGGGCUGUUCCUUCUGCAUUCAGCCAGACCAAGAUCAAUGGAGAUGCAAGCACACAGACGGAUGCGAUGAAACCCCACAGGGUGCUGAAGAACAAGGCCCUGCUCUGCAAGCCCAUCAGCCAGAACAACGGCACCUUGUGCAAGCCACACCUGCAGAGCGCAGAGUCCCAGACAGUGGAGCAGAACGGUCAGAAGAUCAUGGUGUUGCCAGUUCCUGUGCCGGUCUUUAUCCCUGUGCCUAUGCACCUCUACACCCAGUGCACACCGCUGCCCGUAGGGCUGCCUGUGCCGCUGCCAGUACCCAUGUUCCUGCCCACCUCACCAGCCUGCUCAGACAGCAUUCUACGCGCUGUCCAGGAUCUCCGUGACAGCACGUCCCGCGACCCUCAACAGGGUGACCGCCACAUAACUGAAGAAGAAGAGGAGGAAGAGAGGGACAACCCCAUCUCAUAUGGUGACCAGGGCAGCAUGUAUAGUGGGGACUUGGAGUCAGAGGGGGUCUCCACACCCCACAGCUGGGAAGAGGAGUCAGCGGCCAGCAACCAACGACUGGGCCCCGCUUCCCACCCCGUGGGGCCCCCCUCGACCCCCGGUGCCCACAUGCAGCUCGACUUGGAGGCAGACUUCCCCAUUGGUUAG